UUCCUCCCCGGUCCUAUUAAGAGGAAACUUUGUGUUUUGUUCUCCAAGUUCGGCUCACACAGCUCCAGCCUGCACGCGCGCUGCUCCCCCCCUAGGCUCCCUUUGCCGAGGUCCACUCGCGCCGAUGUUCCGCGUGUGUCUGCUUGGUGUUCUCGGUGGCGUGUCCGCCUCCUUUCGUGGGUAAAUCUGGAUACAGGGAGGAUGCGCUUUGCAGCGGCAGAUAUUUGGGAAGUUUCUCCGGCCCGCGCCGCUGCUCCGGGAUCGCGUCGGUAGUCCUGUAGAUGCUCCUCUGCGCCGGGUCCGUGCUGGAAUGAACAAUGGUCGGCGGGUCUGGCACUUUGCAUGGCGGCAUGCUGUGGUUUCGCCUUCUCCUGCUGUGCGCCGUCAAGUCGGACCGGGGCGCCGCGCUGCUCUCCGCUUACCACCCUCCUCCUCCUCCACCUGCGAACGCGUCGGCGCUCCCACCUGUGCGGGCGGAGGGGCUGGUGCGGGCCGUGGACCGGAUCUACCACGGCGGGGGGAAAGUCGGCUACCUGCUCUACCUGGACGGGAAGCGCUUCCAGCUGGACCUGGAGCGGGACGAGGCCGUGCCCUCGCGCCACUUCAGCCCCCAGUACGUGCUGCCCGUGAUGGCGGCGCCCUUUCCCCGGGAGUGCGUCCACCGCGGCACGGUGGACGGGGACCCGGAGUCUCUGGCGGUCUUCAGCCUCUGCGGCGGGGAGCUGCGCGGGCUCUUCGCCGUCGGGCACGCGCGCUACACCAUCACGCCGGUCGUUAUGGCGAGGGGGCGCGAGCACGCCGGCGGCGCACUCCACCGGUUCACGCGGGACAGCUUCAGCUUCGAGGCCGCGCCGCUGCGCGACAGCUGCGGGACGCGCGAGGGGCGACGGCGGCGGCGGCGGCGCCAUCGCGGCGGACGCGAUGGCGCCAUCGCGGCGUCGCCCCUCGCCGACGCCAAGCGGCGGAGGAGGUCCGUGUCGCGCGCCCGAUACGUGGAGCUGCUCCUGGUGGCCGACGAGUCCAUGACCAAGAAAUACGGCAAGGACCUGCACCACUACCUGCUCACGCUGGCCUCCAUCGCGUCCAAGCUUUACGGCCACGCCAGCAUCGAGAACCCCGUCCGGCUGUCGGUGGUGAAGGUGACCACGGUGACGGAGAAGGACAGAGGCCUGGAGGUGUCCAGCAACGCGGCCGCCACGCUCAAGAGCUUCUGCAAGUGGCAGAACCAGCAGAACCCGCUGGACGACGACCACCAGCACCACCACGACGCCGCCAUCCUCUUCACC